AGACGUCAUACCCCUCCUUCGCCCCAGCCAAUCAGAGGGCUGGGGCGUUGUGAUGUAAUGGGACGGGGGAGGCUUCUCGUUGAUAAAAGCAGACGGCGCAGGCAGAGGGGUUUCCGACCAGGAAGCGAUGGCGCCCGGGGAGAGGAGUGGAUACACGUAUGAGGAGUACAAGGCGACUGCGGACUGGCUGCUGUCCCAGACGCAGCACCGGCCCACCGUCGCCAUCAUAUGCGGCUCCGGUCUCGGGGCUCUCGCCGACACGCUGAAGGACCAGGUUAAAUUCAAGUACUGUGAUAUCCCCAACUUCCCCACCACUUCGGUGGCUGGCCACGCGGGGCAGCUGGUGUUUGGGACCCUGAAUGGGAAGCGUUGUGUCUGCAUGCAAGGCCGAUUCCACCUGUACGAGGGACACGCCGUCUGGAAGACCACGUUCCCGAUCCGGGUGUUCCGGCUGAUUGGGGUGAAAACGCUGAUCGUUACCAAUGCGUCGGGGGGCCUAAACCCCGACUACAAGGUGGGCGACAUCAUGCUGGUGAAGGACCACAUCAACAUGCCUGGCUUUGCGGGGGUCAACCCGCUGGUGGGACCCAACGACGAGAGGUUUGGUGAGCGCUUCCCCUGCAUGUCGGAUGCCUACGACAAGGAGCUGCGGAGUCUGGCUACCGAGGUGUCCCAGAACCUGGGGCUCAGCCACACUCUCCGCGAAGGCGUCUACUGUGCCCUGGGCGGCCCGUCGUACGAGACCAUCGCAGAGUGCCGGAUGCUGAAGGCUCUGGGAGCGGAUGCUGUGGGGAUGAGCACGACCCACGAAGUGAUCACUGCCCGUCACUGCAAGCUGCGUGUCCUGGGGCUGUCGCUGGUCACCAACAAGGCGGUGAUGGACUACGAGAGUGAGGAGCGGGCCAACCAUGAGGAGGUCCUGCAGUCCAGCAAGCGCAGCGCCCAGAUCCUGGAGAAGCUGGUGACCCGCAUUGUGGCCCGGAUGGACUGCAGUAGAAAUGCCCCCUGAGGGUCCUGUGCUUGACUUGACCCCACCCUCCCCUCCCUUCCUUUCACUCCACCCCCCACAACCCCUUUUUUACCUCGCAAUCUGCCCCAGCUCUGAUAUAGAGAAACAAUUAAAUAACCUGAUUCCCAGCUUCCGGAGGAAUGGUUCAUUCUCCACAGCCAACCACCUCUCACUCCUUUUCCAGGCAUCCCAGGAGCUAGGCCCUUCCACCAAUGUGAUGAUGUCCGACUCCAACUGACCAAUGGGCUCCCCCCGUCGCUUGGAAUGGAUCCAGUA